CCGGUGGCCGCUCUGUCGUACGGAGGCUACUCGGAGUACGGCAUUGAGCCGGCUCGUACGGCACUACGUGUCCCACGGGUCGCUCCGGAGAUUGUGGCGCUGCUGACCAGCGGCCUGACCGCCUCCAUUGCACUGGAGCAGGCGGGGCGGGUGGCGGCGGGGGAGGUGGUGCUGGUGACGGCUGCAGCGGGGGGAACAGGCCAGUUCGCGGUGCAGCUGGCUCGGGCCGCGGGCUGCCGAGUGGUGGCCACAUGCGGGGGGGCGCGGAAGGCGGCACUGCUGCAGGAGCUGGGAGCUGAGCGAGUCAUCGAUCACACCCGGGAGUCCGUCAAGGACGUCCUGAAGCGCGAGUACCCCCGCGGGGUGGACGUGGUGUUCGAGAGUGUGGGCGGGCAGCUCUUCUCCACUGCGCUGGACGCCCUGGCCCCCCGCGGUCGCCUCAUCGUGGUCGGCAUGAUGAGCGCGUACGGGGGCGGCUGGGCGGCCAGCAGUCACCCGGGGCUGGCGGAGAAGCUGCUGUGGAAGAGCGCGGCGUGUGUGGGCUUCUUCCUACUCAGGCACGCGCCGCUGUUCCGGCCGCACCUGGCGCGUCUGAUCGGCAUGUGGGAGGCUGGUCAGCUGCGGGUCGCGAUUGACCCACGGGUCUUCCGCGGGCUGGGGUCGGUGUUCGACGCCGUGGAUCACCUGCAGGGCGGCGGCAGCGUUGGCAAGGUGGUGG